UUCUGCAGGCCCCUCUCUGGAGCGGACCGUGUGCUGCGCUUCCCUGCGCCCCGGCUGCUCUGCCUCCAUGGCAGGACUGCCCCGUCCUCCUCCUUGUCACUGCCAAGCCCCAGCCAGCACCCACACGUCCACUACACCCAGGUCUUCGUCCACAGCAAGUGGCAGGAUACAGUCAGCAAGAAGACCUUCCCCACGGUCACCCCCUCCACGGCGGAGGUCCUCGGGUGCGUGGCUGAAGGGAACCAGGCUGGGAGAGCUGCCCACGAGGCCUUCUGCCUAGGGUCCCCAUGGCGCCGCGUGGGCGCCUCUGCACAGGGCCGGCUGUUGAGCCGCCUGCCCAAUGCGGUGGAGUGGGAUUGUGUCUUGCUGGCUUCGCUGGACAACAGCAAGCCUUCCCAAGACCAAUAUACCCUGGCCCAGGGCAAGCUCUUCCGCUAGUUGCACUGCAGGACCAUCCCCAUGGACGGACGGCACGCACUCUGCCCCACGUGGCCCGAGCCGGCCAGGGUCUGCGGCCAGAUCACCCUGUGGAACUAACUACCCUUGGUCGUGCAGGGCUGGAAGCUUACCUCGGUGCUGGCUGCCGGCUACACCCCGCUUGUGAUGGCCGAGCAGACCGUGCUGUCCACGCUGCACCUGGUCUCCCUCAUCAAGGAAGCCGGCUUUCCCUCUGGCGUGGUGAACACCAUCACAGGCCAGGGGCCAAGGGCAGGAGCAGCUGGCGCCCAGCACUCGGACAUCGGCAACGUUGCCUUCAUGGGCUCCAUGGAGGUGGGCCACCUGUCCCGGAAGGCAGCCAGUGACUCCAGCCUCAAGAGAGUGACGCUGGAGCUGGGUGGGAAGAGCCCCAGUGUCGUGCUGGCCCACGCCGACCUGGGCCGUGCUGUGGCCCGGUGCCACGGAGCCACGUUCUUCAACAUGGGCCAGUGCUGCAGCGCCGGCUCCCGGACCUUCGCUGGGAAAUCCAUCUACGACGAGUUUCCUGAGAGGGCCAUGGGGAAAACCAAGCAGAGAAAAGUCGGGAACCCUUUUGAGCUGGACACCCAGUAGGAGCCCCAGGUGGACAGGCAGCAGGUCGAGCAAGUCCUUGGCUGCAUCUGGCCUGGCCAGGAAGAGGCAAAGCUUGUGCGCGGUGGGGAGCAUUUUGGGGCACGAGGCUUCUUCAUCAAGCCCACGGUCUCCGGCAGCAUGCAGGGUGACAUGGGGAUUGUCACAGAGAUCUCCGAGCCCCCGCAGUCCCUGUUCAGGAAGGUGGAGGAGGUGAUCGAGAGGACCAGCAGCGCCAGAUGUGGCUCGGCCGCCGCCGUCCUCACCCGGGACAGGACCAGCAGCGCCAGAUGUGGCUCGGCCGCCGCCGUCCUCACCCGGGACAGGACCAGCAGCGCCAGAUGUGGCUUGGCCGCCGCCGUCUUCACCCAGGACCUGCAGGCAGGCACAGCGUGGGUGAACACCUGCAACGUUGUCUCCUGCCGUGAGCCCUGGGGCUUUAAGGAGUCUGGCAGUGGGAGUGAGCUGGGGGAGGAUGGGCUGCAGGCCUACACAGAGGUGAGGACGGUCCCUGUCAAGGUUCCUCAGAAGAACUCGUAGGAGUGGCCGCCGUGAAGUCCCCCUUCCGUUCCCACAAUUCCACAGCUACUGGGGCCCAUAGGAGCCAAACGUGUUUCUUUUUCAUCAUGGAUCCCCUUUUUUCAUUCCAAAUGAUCUAUCGGAGGCAGCCCCAACAAACGCAGCAGUCAAACCAGAGCUGUUCUCCCUAAAGCAGGGCUGGGGGUGGGCUUCUGCAGCCCCCGCCCCCUCGGUGGCCUCUGAGUAUCCCCCAUAUCACCUGGAACCCUAGGUGUCUCAGGAAGACAGAUGACUGAAAGCCAUGGAUCUGGACGGAGGCUUCCGGUCCCCCGUGGAGCCAAGGCCUGUGGCCGAGUAGACAGGCUCCACCCAGUCCCAGGACAGGGCGGCAUUUCAGGACUUCUGAGCAAGGCGGACCCCAAAUUGUGGCCCAGCUGUUCAGUGACUUGACCGAGAACCAGGGGUGCUUUCCUAAGAACGAGUCGUUGGCUGUUUGCUCCCUUGCCCUUGAUUUCACUACUAAUUUACCUUCAUUUGAGGCAAAAGGUACAUUUACAUAAUCGUUUCUUUAAAAUCAGCUCAAACACCCCAAAUGUCCAUCAACAUCAGUUGGAUAUACAAAAUGCUUCCAUACAACAUUCCUUGGGCUAUUCAGCCACAGAAAAGGAAUGAGGUGGUGACCUAUGCCACACCACGGGUGAACUUGAAAACAUCGUGCUAAGUGAGAGAAGCCGGACCCACGAGGCUGCAUGUUGUGUGAUCGCAUUUAUGUGAACUCUCCUGGCUCCAGACUAGUCACUGAGACAGUAGAUCCGUGACUGCCAGGGGCUGAGAGAGGAGGGCAGGGGAGGAAGUGCUGCUGAAUUUUUUUGGGGAAAGGCUUUAAGAAUGUUCUAGAAUUGGACACUGGUGGUAGUUUGCAUGGCUUUGCAAAUAUACUAGGAAGUACUGGGUUGUACUCUUUAAUUAUGGUAUGUACAUUCAUUUCAUUUCAAAGUUAAGUAGAAUAAAUUCACUCCUGUUUGCAAAGCCAUUUUGUGUCAAUAUUCUCUUGGUGAGCAUUUUGCAGAAUCUCAAGGCUGCAAGGAGCCCAGGCAGCCACCUCAGGAACAGGUGCAACUGGUGUUCUGCU